AUGGCUCUGCCUGGGCGCGAGGACGAGCGCCCCUCGCAGUGCGGCCCCCGGAUCCAGCCAGACAAGGAUGAGGCUGAUGAUGGCUGUGUGGGCCAAGUGCUAUUGAACUAUGGCUAUAUGCUGGGCUCCGAAGGGCUGUGUGACACCCGCUGGGACUCCUAUGCCACCACCACGAAGACGGCAUUCUCGCCCAAGGCGGGCACCGUGCCACCUUUAACUCGUCCAAAAAGUACCAGAAGAUUAGGGUACACCUAUUUCCUGAAUGACCCUAUUUUCAAUCAGACCCAUUACAAUGACGAGUUCACUUGGAAAUCGUAUCCUAAAGAUCUGAUCAAAGCCAGGACUUCGAGAACAGUUGGGAGCCACAAGUCUCAUAUCAGUCAAGACCUCCUCCACUGGACACUACCUCCGGGUCACGAGGUGUCACAGAGGAUCUACCUCCUUCGGAAAAGUGCCGCUGCCGUGGACGAGGUCAGGAAGGCCUUGGCGAACCAGUUUAUCUCCCACACGAAGCAGGACUUUGUGGACAGAGCCGAAGCUCAGAAGAUUAAGCAAAGUUCCCAGAUGUUUCCGGAAUGGAAAAAGGUACUUCCGCAUCCCGCAGACACUGAAUUUCGACGGAAUUACCAAGUUCCAGCUAAAAUUCCUGAGUUUCAGGAUUUGGGGUUCAAAUACAGAUGCUCCUCAAGCCUCCCAAUGGCUUCUCAUGGUCCAGUCCCUGGGGAGCCCAUGAAGAAGCAGACUACAUACCAGAACGAUUAUGGCAAAGCCCGCCUGGAUUCUGUAGGAGCUUGA